AUUACAUUAGAUGGGGUACUCAAUAGUCUGUAUUUUGUGUGUGGAGGAUAAGGAGAAAGAAAGAGAUGAUGGCAGUGGUCGCAUAUUCAACGGCGCCGCCGUCUGCCAAUUCAUUGGAUUGUAGAUUUAUUUCCAGCUUCUGUAACCCUACUUCACUCUUCUCCGUCGCCUUUCCAGCUCAUCGGCGUCCGAUCACCGUUGCUUCGCAUCUGUGCACGCAGGAAACCUUGACCAUAGACAAAUCUGCUUUCAAUCUCGCCGAAGCUGUCUCUGAGGACCAGCUCUGGGCCACUGCCUGUCUUCGCGUUAGCUCUUUCCAUGAUUUUCAGCAUACUUUCGCCAAAGAAGAUCAUAAAAGGUACUUGGCCGAGCGUGAGUUUGAAGCACUAAAAGAACGUGUUGCAGGGAAGAGGGAGGGCUUCAGAAGAGUUUCUUGCAUCAAUGCUACUGUUCCAUUAUCACAAAUUGCAACCAUUUCAGAUGAUCUAUGCAGUGAAUGUAAGUUUUCGGACAACGGAGAAGAUCGAGUGGUAGUUGGGACCCUUGAUCUUAACCAGUGCCUAAGGCUUCCAGAUGAAAUAAUAGGAAUGAAGCCAAAGGGAAUUGGAGCUGAUUUUGCCAGGGCAUACUUGAGCAACGUUUGUGUCGCCAAGGAACUGCACAGGAAUGGGUUGGGUUAUGCACUUGUUGCAAAGUCAAAGAUGGUUGCUGAAAAUUGGGGAAUAAGCGAUUUGUAUGUGCAUGUUGCGGUGAACAAUGAACCAGCAAAGAAUUUAUACAUGAAAAGUGGAUUCAUUUAUGAAAAUGAUGAACCAGCAUGGCAAGCCAGGUUUCUAGAUCGGCCCAGAAGGAUUCUUUUAUGGUUUGGUCUCCCUCACACUUACGACUUUUGAUAGUAGUACUAACCUUUGUAUGUCGUACUAGGUAAAUCUGGCUGCAUAUUUUGUUUGUUUGUUUGUGUUUAAAACUCAUAUAAUAUCAUUCUCAUUAGAAUGUAAAGCAAGCUUUUGGCUA